AUGACUGCGUUGGCUGGUCAAAUCGCAGAGAUAUGGAUCCUCUACGUUAUCGGCACCGCCAUGAUCGCGGCGCGCAUCUUUUGUCGCACGAAAAUGGUCGGGUAUAGGAACUACGAUUGGGACGAUUAUCUCGUUAUUGCAGUGGCUGGAAUGUGGACUGCUGCACCCGUAAUUGGCCAAGUCUUUGUCCAAGGCGCCGAGGGCCGCCAUACCUCCGACUUGACCUUCGAGGAGAGAAAGAACAUGAGCGAGGAGGAUAGUAAGAAGUGGGCGUAUGGUUCGCAGAUGUUCCUGCUUGGGUUGACUGGGUACGUGGUUAUUCUGUGGACGCUCAAGUUCAAUAUGCUGUGCUUUUACAGCCGUGUUGUGAGGGGUCUGUGGACGGAGAGGUUUGUGAAGCCGUUGAUGAUGAUGGUUUUGGUUGGCAUCCAAACCAGUCGCCUCAAGAAGUCUGGUCUCUUCCUUCUCUUCAGCUUGGGCUUCUUCUGCAUGUUCGCUGCCAUUCUUCGCUUCGUCCUCAUCUUCAACGCAAGUCCCCAACUUCAAUCCCCUACAAUAGCAUUUACUAACACGAGUCAGUUGAACCAAAAAGGUGUCUCAGCUCUAUGGUCAAUGCGCGAAGACUGCGUCGGCAUCUUCGUCGGCCAAGCCCCGAUGGUUACACCUCUCCUCAAGCGCCGCUUCUGGGUAAUGGCAGGCUACGCCACCGACAAGACGAGCAACUCUCAGACACCGCACUACAACGGCAGUCGGCUCGAGAGCCACGAACUUCGGUCUGGGCGCGCGAACAACAGCAAAGUGCAUGACCCUUACUCAAUAACCAACGUGGUUUCUCGGUCCGAGAGCCAAGAGGAGAUCGUGCAGAAGGACCUGCCUUCUUUACCGGAAGAGCCGCGUCAGUUUCGGAGUGGUAUUAGGGUGGAGCAGCGUAUCGAUGUUGAGGCAGUACAGGGGACGUAUACGCCGCCGCGAGAUCCUCGAUGGUAG